CUUUCUAUUCAAAAGAAAAAUGAAAUCUAAUUCAUGACUGGCACAACCAAACGCAGUGCUGUGCCGCAGGCGGUCUCCGCCAAAUGAUGAUCCCAAAUUGUUUUGAGUUUUGACAGAGCGAGAAAAGAGAGAAAUAUAGCAAGUUUUAAGACAGUCACAUAGAGGAGAUCGCCCAGAUUGAACAUGUAGGCAAAACAACACAGUUUCCAACGAAACGUGUCUGGUCUCUCCGCCCAAAUGCGCUUUCUACCCUCCUUAUAUCACCAUCCUUUCUUUUCUCCCAUCUCCACCUCCAUCUCCUAUUCCUCGGUUCAUCCCAAUAUUAUUACAACCCAUCUCUCUCGUUUCUUAUUUUUCUUCUCUUCCAUGGCUUCUUCUACUGUACCCAUUGAUGCUCCACCACAACCCAUGAACCAAAACAAUGCUGGUGAUGCUGCUCUUGCUGUUUCACACAAAUCAAGAGUCACUGUUGUGGGUAGUGGCAAUUGGGGCAGUGUUGCUGCCAAGCUCAUUGCCUCCAACACUUUGAAGCUUGGUUCAUUUCAUGAUGAAGUGAGAAUGUGGGUCUUUGAGGAAAAAUUACCAAGUGGUGAGAAGCUAACCGAUGUCAUCAACCGAACCAAUGAAAAUGUGAAAUAUCUCCCUGGCAUAAAGCUUGGCAAAAAUGUUAUAGCAGAUCCUGAUCUUGAAAAUGCAGUAAAAGAUGCAAACAUGUUAGUAUUUGUGACCCCCCAUCAAUUCAUGGAGGGUAUAUGCAAGGGGCUUGUUGGCAAGCUGCAUGCCAAUGUGGAGGGUAUCUCCCUCAUUAAAGGGAUGGAGGUCAAGAAGGAAGGCCCGCAAAUGAUCUCAGCUCUUGUCUCCAAGCAGCUUGGGAUUAAUUGCUGUGUUCUAAUGGGUGCAAACAUAGCGAAUGAGAUUGCACUAGAAAAGUUCUCCGAGGCUACAGUUGGAUACAGAGAGAACAGAGAAACUGCUGACAAAUGGGUUCAGUUGUUUAGUACUCCUUAUUUCAUGGUCACAGCUGUCCAAGACGUGGAAGGCGUUGAACUAUGCGGUACCUUAAAGAAUGUGGUUGCUAUAGCAGCAGGUUUUGUGGAUGGCCUGGACAUGGGAAAUAACACAAAAGCUGCGAUAAUGAGAAUUGGUCUGAGGGAAAUGAGAGCCUUUUCCAAGCUGUUGUUUCCAUCUGUUAAGGAUAGCACCUUCUUCGAGAGCUGCGGCGUGGCUGAUCUCAUCACAACAUGCUUAGGAGGAAGAAACCGGAAAGUUGCAGAGGCCUUUGCGAAAAGUGGGGGGAAAAGGUCUUUUGACGAGCUAGAAGCAGAGAUGUUACAGGGCCAAAAGUUACAGGGUGUCUCAACGGCAAAAGAAGUGUAUGAAGUCUUAACGCAUCGUGGAUGGCUAGAGUUGUUUCCACUCUUUGCAACAGUGAAUGAGAUUUGCAUUGGUAGUCUUCCACCAUCGGCCAUCGUUGAAUACAGUGAACACAAACCCAAGUGCUCUGAGGUUCUUGAUCCAUACAAUUGACAAAACCCAGGAUGAAGCCAGUAGAUUUGACAUACUUCUGCUGUAGAGUUCGCAUAUGUAGCAUCAAGCAUGAAGGGAAUAGUUGAGCACCCCAAAAGAUGGGAUGCAGGGUUGAGGAAGCUUCAGGGUUCUGCCGGCAGAAGGCAGCUGCAAGUUCAUAGUUUUUGAGUUGUUACUCUCAUUUUACUUUCGUUUCAGACUGGAAAUUUUCUUACAAAUUAGUUGGCAGAAACAUUAGUUACUUGUUGUUGCAUAAUAAAUUUUUUAUUAAAAAUAAAAAAUAUUUUUAUAAUAA